AUGUCUUUUUUACCGGACAAGGACAUUCAGAGACUUCUGGAAAACAGUGACGCUGAAAGCAUCAUAUCGGAUCUUGAAAAUGAUUAUGUGGGCAAUGAAGAUGAUGGAAAUGAAGAAACAAUUGAAAAUAUACAAGAUUUCAUCAAUGUUUCAGGGGCUGAAGUUGAAGUACAAGAUCAUGUGCAGGAUAAUGAAGAAGAAGUUGAAAGACAUGCGCCUGUGCUAGAAGAUCAGGAAGAAGAUGUUGUGAUGGGAGAAUUGCCAACUCGUAACCGUCCAAUUUCACGUCGGCGUGCUACACGGCAGCGAGCUGCUGCACCACAAACAGACAACUGGAACUUUGAAGUACGUGAGUUACAAAGGGUUUUUUUUACUGGCCAUCUCAUUCAAACAAAACAGUCUGAAAUAUUUGAAGCCAGCACAUCAAUAUUUUCCAUUUUCCGCAGUAUUAUAAAUGAUGUAGUUAUCAAACUUAUGGUUGAACAAACUAAUAUUUAUGGCCAACGAUUGAAAUAUAAAGCAACCCUCCCGCAUAGCCGCAUCAAAAGGUGGUGCGACGUAGAUGAACAGGAAAUGCUGAAAUUUAUUGGUGUACUGCUUCUCACAGGUCUCAUAUCAUUUCCUACAAUAGAGAGUUACUGGAAAAAAGAUGUUCUUUAUCAACAUACUCUUCUUCAUCAUAUUGAUAUGUCUUAUAAUAGAUUCAACCUAUUAUUGCGCUGCUGGCACUUUGCAGACAAUCAAGUGACUGAUAUCACAGCAGACAGAAUAUAUAAAAUAAGACCAUUACUAGAUCUCGUCAUGCGAAAUGAAAGAAAUAUUUAUACUCCAGGCGAAGUCCUCGUCGUCGAUGAGUCCAUGGUUCAUUUCCGCGGAAGACUGCAUUUCAGGCAGUAUAUACCUUCUAAAACCCAUAAAUACGGUGUUAAAAUAUAUAAACUGUGUACUGCAGAAGGCUACACCCUGGGUUACCAAAUAUAUCACGGUGAAAGUCGGCAAUGCCAUGGACUCGAUACCUCUGGAAGUAUUGUGAUCCAAUUAGCAGAAGAAUUUCUUGAUCAAGGACGAUUGAUAGUUACCGAUAAUUACUACACAAGUAUCCCUUUAGCAGAGUUUCUCAAAAGCCGUAACACUGAUUUGUUGGGUACAGUAAAUAAAAAAAGGCGUGGACUACCAAAAGACGUUAUUCAAGCAUCACUGAAAGUUGGCGAAAUUGCAGUGCAGCAAAAAAAUAAUAUCACAUUAUUGAAGUGGCACGAUAAACGUGAUGUCACGAUGCUAUCCACUUGCCAUGGAAAGGACAUGGCUUUGAGCAGUGGUAGAAAUCCUAGAUUGAAACCCCGUAUGGUUCUAGACUACAAUACAGGUAAAAAAGGAAUAGACGUCGCGGAUCAACUCGCCAGUUAUAAUAGCCCAAUCAGAAAAACUGUAAUCUGGUACAAAAAGGUCGCUGCAGAUUUAUUAUCAAUUUCAAUCGUGAAUUCGUUGAUUAUAUACAAUGAAUUCCAUCCAUUGAAGAAAGAAAAACUCUCAAUUUUGUCAGCGUAUGAACAAAUUAUAAAGUCAUUGCUUGUUGUGUCAGAAACUGUCCUUAUGCCCUCUAGUUCAGGGCCAUCACAUUUUUCAGGAUCAUUGCAGCGUGCUUUGGGGUCCAGCCCAACUGUUUCUGGUCAAUCAGGUCCGUCUAGACCGUCUGGGGCUUUAGGCUCAGACCAACAUUUUUUGAUUGAUCUGCCGAAAAUAUCUGGGAAGAGAAGUAAUAGGAAAAGAUGUACGGGCUGCUACAAAAGACUACUCGAUGAAGGAAAUUCAACGGCUGUUGCUCGAAAAAGAGCUAAGAAAGUAUAUCAACAGUGCAAACAGUGUAAAAAAGGUUUUUGUUUUAUGUGUUUCGAAAUUUAUCAUAAAUGA